AUGUCCUUUACAACGUCUUCCUCCGUAACUCUUCCCGUGGGCGAAGAUAUCGAGCAAGACCACACAAGUUUGACAGGAGGCAACGAGCAGACCUCCGAAUGCAACGUGACUGCUCCCGCGAGGGCCUUUCUCUUGAGUCACAAAUCGUCUUCCCGCACUCUCGUGGCGCCCGAAAGCACCAACCGGGACCAUGAGACGUCUUGGACAACGGCCAGUUCAACUGACGUUGGAGACGAUGAUAAUGACGAGGACGGAGUCGUUGUCCCUUCCAAGAAGGGCACCCGCGCCUACCGCUACCUCCGCUGGAACUUUGGCUCCGUCUACAGGCGAAUCUUCACACUCGCUUUUCUCGGCAACAUGGCGGCACUCGUACUCGUCGUUGUUCGGUCCCUGCUCGGGGGCCCUUCGUCUCGCCUCACCCCGGGGACCUGCGCCACCGCCGUCUCGGCGAACAUCCUCGCCGCCCUCUUCAUCCGCAACGAGCACACCGUCAACGCCAUGUUCAGGGUCUUCGUCCUCUUCCCCGCCGCUAGGACGCCGCUCGCCAUCCGCCGCGCCUUGGCCAAGGUCUACUCGUACGGCGGCAUCCACAGCGGCUGCGGUGUCGCUUCUUUCUUCUGGUUCGUGGCCUUCCUCGUCGUGAUCACGGGCGACUUUGCAAACCCCAACGCUGUCCGCGCCUACAUCCUUUUCGACAGCUAUCUCAUCUGCGCCCUGCUCGCCGCCAUCAUCGGCUUCGCCCACCCGCGGGCCCGCGUCCUGCUGCACAACUGGUUCGAGGGCACCCACCGCUUCCUCGGCUGGUCCGUCAUCCUCCUCUUCUGGGCCCUCGUCAUGAUGCUCGCCGAGGACAGCAGCAGCAACAGCACCGCCGGGGUCCCGUACGCCGCCGCCCUCGUUGCGACCCCGUCCUUCUGGAUGCUCAUCGCCAUCACCCUCCUUGUCGCCUACCCCUGGACGCGCCUCCGCCUGCGCGACGUCGAGGCCGAGGCCAUGUCGGACCACGUUGUCAAGCUCAACUUCGACUACGCCAACGUCCACUACGGCCAGGCCGUCCGCCUCACCGACGCGCCCCUUCGCGAGACGCACGCCUUCGCCGUGAUUCCCAAUCCCGCAGCCCCCCGGACCGCCGACGACGCCGAGAAGGCCCAGCAAGGGCUCUCGAACGUUGGGAAAAGGGGGUUCUCGGUGCUCGUGUCCAACGCCGGUGACUGGACCGAUAAGAUCAUCAGGAACCCGCCCAAGAAGAUGUGGACGCGCGGCGUGCCGCAGUACGGCGUCCUCCGCGUGGCCGGCAUGUUCGAGCCGUGCAUCGUCGUCGCCACGGGCUCCGGCAUCGGCCCCUGCCUGAGCCUCUUCGUUCAGAAGCCAGACCACCCGGUGCGCAUCGUCUGGUCGACGCAGCGGCCCGCCGAGACGUACGGCCAGGCCGUCAUCGACACCCUAUACCGGGCCGACCCUGACGCCGUCAUCAUCGACACUAAGAAGACGGGUCGCCCCGACCUAGUCGCCAUCACCUACCGCAUCUGGGAGGCCAGCCGACGCCGGGCCCUGGGGCUUGCGCAGGGCGAGGGGAGCGUCGCGACAGGGGCGGCGGUGGCGAGGAAGACGGGUCCCUGCGAGGCGGUGGUCAUCAUCUCCAACCAGAAGGUGACGAGGAAGGUCGUCUACGGCCUGGAGAGCAGGGGCAUUCCCGCCUACGGGGCCAUCUUCGACUCGUAA